AUGGACACGCGCACACGCGUCUAUUCCUCCGACCCGGUACUGGUGCAAGGCCUGGAGAAGGUGGAGAAUGAACUGGUGCAACUUAACCGCAGCCUCGGCCUCAACGCCAUAUGCGCGCCCUGGGCGAUCAAGAUCGACGCCGGCUCGCACAUGCAAGGCGACUCGGAGGACAUGGACCCGGGCUUCGUGAAGGCCAAGGCGCUCAUGGAGAUGACCAUCAGCAAGGGCAUUCUCGAGCGGGCAGCCGCCGAGGACCUGCUCGAGCUCCUCAGACGCCGCUGGCGACUACUUCCGCACCAACCAGCGCUUCAUCGUCUUGGGGCAGCAGGCCAACAACACGGCAUCAAGAUGGCAGACGCGGUGGUCAUCGACAACGGCUCAGACACGUGCAAGGCUGGCAUGGCCGGCGAGGAAGCCCCCAGCGCCGUGUUCCCCUCGAUCGUCGGUCGCCCGCGCCGCACUGGUGUGAUGGUUGGCAUGGGCCAGAAGGACGCGUACGUCGGCGAGGAGGCGCAGGCCAAGGGCGAUACACUGACGCUCAGGUACCCCGUCGAGCAUGGUAUCAUCACCAACUGGGACGACAUGGAGAGGCUCUGGCACCACGCCUUUUACAAUGAGCUCCGCGUUGCCCCUGAAGAGCACCCCGUGCUUCUGACAGAGGCCCCGCCUGGUCCCAAAGCCAACCGGGAGAAGAUGACGCAGAUCAUGUUCGAGACCUUCGCGGUCCCGGCCAUGUACGUCGCCGUGCAGGCCGUGCUCUCACUCUACGCCUCGGGCCGUGGCACCGGCAUCGUGCUUGAGUCCGGUGCGGGUGUCACCCACGUAGUGCCUGUCUUCGAGGGCUACGCGCUGCCCCACGCCAUCCACCGCCUCGACCUCGCUGGGCGCGAUCUGACCGACCACCUCGCCCAGCUCCUUGCCGAGAGGGGCUCGGCUGCGAUCACCGCAACCGCUGCCGCUGCCGAGCGCGAGAUUGUGCGCGACAUCAAAGAGAAGCUCUGCUAUGUCGCCCUCGACUUCGAGCAGGAGAUGAUGCUCCCCAACGUUUCGAAGCCGUACCAGCUGCCCGACGGCCGGGUCAUCACCAUCGGCAACGAGCGAUUCCGCGCGCCCGAAGACCUGUUCCAGCCCUCGUUCCUGGGCUUGGAGUCGGCCGGCAUCCACGAGGCCACCUACAACGCGAUCAUGAAGUGCGAUGUCGACAUCAGGAAGGUGUUCUACGGCAACGUGGUCCUGUCGGGCGGCACCACGCUGUUCUCCGGCCUCGCCGAGCGCAUGCACAAGGAGCUCUCGGCCCUGGCGCCGGAAACGGCCACUAUCAAGGUCAUCGCCCCACCCGAGCGCAAGUACUCUGCGUGGAUUGGUGGCUCGAUCCUGGCCUCGCUCUCCGCCUUCCAGGAGAUGUGGAUCUCCCGAGAGGAGUACGAUGAGUCUGGUCCCUCGAUUGUUCAUCGCAAGUGCUUUUGA